UUUUAGGGCCACUCUACCAAACUUCCAGGUCCGCUGCACGGUUAUAAAUAAUCUUUGUUUUCAGCAAGGGUUACCGUGUAACUGCAGCUUCAGCUAUAUCCAUGGUGGCACAAUAUAAUGAUCCCAGUGAAUCGAAAUACACCUGUAAAUCACAUGGGAAAUAUUCAGCCUUCUGCAGGAGAUUUGGCAUAGAGAACACUACAGAAAGAAAAUGACCCACUGGUUUCAUCGUAACCCUUUGAAGGCUACAGCUCCCGUUUCGUUUAAUUUUUAUGGGGUAGCUACCACUCCAGCUGCAGCAAAAAUUUGCAAUGAUUUGAGGUUAUAUCGAACACGGCUAUUGGAGCUGUUUACAGACUCAAGUUGUAAUCCAGAAAUGAUGAAGAAUGCAACUGACUUGUACUUCUCACUCUUGCAAGGUUUUAUCCUUUCACUGGAUGACUCUUCCCAAGAAUGCAAGUUGAGAUACAUUCAGAAUUUCAAGUGGACAGACACAUUACAGGGACAAGUUCCAAGUGCCCAGCAGGAUGCAGUGUUUGAACUGGUUUCCAUGGGAUUUAAUGUAGCUCUGUGGUACACGAAAUACGCAUCAAGACUUGCUGGAAAAGAAGAUAUAACAGAAGAUGAAGCAAAAGACGUUCACAGAAGCCUGAAGGUAGCAGCUGGGAUUUUUAAACACUUGAAGGAAAGUCACAUUCCAAAAUUGAUUACACCUGUGGAAAAGGGAAGAGAUUUAGAAGCUCGACUUAUAGACUCUUACAUCAUACAGUGCCAAGCUGAAGCCCAAGAAGUGACAAUUGCUCGGGCUAUUGAGCUGAAACACAAUCCAGGACUAAUAGCUGCUCUUGCUUAUGAAACAGCUAACUUCUACCAAAAAGCUGAUCAGACAUUAUCCAGUUUGGAUCCAACCUAUGCAGGUAAAUGGAGGAAGUACUUAAACUUGAAGACCUGUUUCUACAUGGCCUAUGCAUACUGUUACCAUGGUCAGACUUUACUGGCAAGUGAUAAAUGUGGGGAAGCAAUCAGAUCUCUGCAGGAAUCAGAAAAAUUUUUUGCCAAGGCUGAAGCACUGUGCAAAGAAUACGGAGAAACCAAAGGCCCCGGGACUACUGCCAAACCUUCUGGACAUCUCUUCUUUAGGAAAUUAGGAAGUUUGAUUAAGAACACACUAGAAAAAUGCCAGAGAGAGAAUGGAUUCAUCUAUUUUCAGAAGGUGCCAACAGAGGCUCCCCAGCUAGAACUGAAAGCAAACUAUGGCUUAGUAGAGCCUGUUCCUUUUGAAUUUCCUUCCUUGAACGCACACUGGACUCCUGAAACACUUGCAGCAUUUGAUCUCACCAAGAGGCCAAAGGAUGACACUGCUAAACCAAAACCAGAUGAAGAAGUAAAACCUCUGAAGGAACCAGAUAUAAAGCCUCAAAAAGACAGUGGAUGCCAGAUUUCUUAAGUGCCAUAGGUGCUUUGAAUUCACUUUGAAACUGUAUUAAUUGGACUCUGGGGCUUUAGUUCUGAUCUCCCUUUUUCUGAUUCUUCUUUUUUAAUUUAGAAGACUCAUUUAAUUUACUUUUGUUAGUAUGCAUCUAUCUUGCUUGAGAAUGUGGUGGAUUUCUAGGAGUUUAUUUAUAUGUCUUUGUUUUAGUAGGAUAUCAUAGAAUGAGUGGACUUAAAUGUUUCUGUUGUGCCUCUAGAGAUAUUUUUUUUUUGUGGGCUUACUUUCUGCCCACAAAUAGCAAAGAAAGUAUCAUGAUUGUAACACUUGAGGAUUUUUCCAUUAAAUUAUAUGCUAUAUAAUGCCAAAUUCUGCAAACAAAAGUUUGCAUAAAUGGUUAUAUUUAUUCAAGUUAUGUCAUUCAGGCUUAACACCCUGUUGUGUUCCGAUUCACUUAACUGUAGCGAGCGAAGAAAAUCUGGGUUUGGUUUGUAACACCCCUAUGCUGUUUCACAGGACUUUCACAGAACCUGGAAAACCUUAAGUUCUGCAUAACCAGAGCACAAUUUGUAUUCUUCUGAAAUGAUUAGCCUCCGUCCUUUCCUAUAUAGGUUAGGGUUCUUGUAUCAGAAUUUGUAUUAAGGUACUUUAGCUUGUCUGUCCUUUAAUUAAAAUCCUUUAGGAUCAAAUUGUAUGUGAAAGUGAUGCAGCAAGUAAUACGAAAAUGCUUAAAAAUGAUGCAUCACAGUGUCAUUCAUUAAGAGUUUUUGAAUCUUGAAAGAUUUGGUAAGUUUGAAAGCUGCAGACAGUCAGUCUCCUGGCAGUAGAAUUCAUGAAGCUGUCAUGCAUAAGGUAAUGGAAUCGUAAUUAAGAUGCCAUGUUUGCAUCUGGUCUAUAAGAAGCUGUUAGAAGAGGGAGGAAAGAUGAGCUGAUGACACAACUGGGAAACCAAGCUCUAGAUUUCCUUUAUGCCAUAUAUAACCAAUGCUGUUUCUCAGCUUCUGCAGUAUUGCACUGAAACCAGCUCCUUAUGAAGAGAACUUGCCAAAGGCAAGCCCAGUCAAGACUGAGUAAGAGUAUUUUGUAGAACUUGCUUCUUCCAUUUCUGCCUGCUGUGGAAAAUGUGAUAACGUUCUUUAGUGCUGAGCACUGCAAUAACACCCAAGUCAAAAGCAACAUAGCUUUCUGAUUUGCUGCAAAUGCAAAAGAAUAUGCUGCAUGUGUUGAAGCGAGGGCUUUGCAGUCUCUGGCUACCAGUUGCUGUACUUCACCCAAGAAAGAAACUGAACAGCCUGAAAAUGUUCCCAUUUCAACAAAACGUGAUGGGAUAUGCGCUUACCAUGUCGUACACUGUAAACGCAUUCCUCUCUUGGUACUGUUUGGAUUGGUUCAUCUUCCACUGUGGUGUAAUUCAGUGCUUCUGUUUGAAAUCUUUCAUGGGACUUUAGGGUAACUUAGCUUAGAGGGCAGGUGUGUAGUUCCUUGAUGGCCUGUGGAAGAAAAGCUGUUGAGGAGUUUAACAGGAGACUCAAGACUUCCUGAGAUACUGGACCAAACUACAAAGUUUGUUGCUGCAAAAGGCAAAGAGGCUCUCAAUGCUUAGUGAGUCAACUGCAGAACUCAUUGCUUCCAGUGAUGGAUUUUUCUUUCAGUCAGUUCUGCACACAAUAAUAAGUCUAAAAUCAGCUGGAUUGCUUUGGAAGAAGCUUCUGUUCUGCAAGAGCUUAGGUGGGUAGAGGAUAAUGAGUAUCAAGAAGAAGUUAUAUCUAAAAUUGGUCCAUUUUUUCUGAUGGUGCACAGGGGCCUGGGGUAUGUUUUAUGAAGAGUUACUCGGAUCUGUUCAUAACUUGAACAGCUGACUUCUUAGACUACUUGCAUGGUUAAAAGACCAGCUUAGGUUUUGUUAGUGGAGCGUGGUGCUACUUUGCGUAUACAGCUUUUAAUUCUGAAAACAUACUACAGCUGUAGUCAUCUAUGUUUGCUUAGCCCCCUUUAAGGAUCAAGCUGUAGUUAACUCGGUUCCAUAAUCAGGAUUUUUUUAGUUACUCAUUGUUUUUCAGAUGCCUGCAUGUGUUGAUACAUACAUGUCUCAACCUAAUUAAUUAUCUUUCUAUGCAGACUAGAUUUCAUUUGCCCUCCUCCCUUCAUUUCCCCUUCCAUCUGCUCCACACUGUGGCACAGACUUACCCUUGUUUGCUAACGCAUCUGUAGGUCCUGGGAUUCAUUUCCAAUGAGGCUUUUGCCCAUGGGUGUAUCUCAGUAUAUGAAUAUCUUAAAAUUAACAGAUCAUGACUAAAUCAUUCCCAAACAACUUCAUAGGAAAGAUUAUUUUAUGGACUUGGAAUUCUUUGGACACUUUUUGAACCAAGUAGUUUGUUUGAAUCAAGUUCACUGUAAAUAGUUUUGGGGCAUAACCAAGUGGAUUGUGUCAGAUUAUGGCAUUACUUAAGCUUAGCUAUGUAACCUCUUAUGCCAUAGCUGUUUCAGUAAAUAUGAUGUAGUAGUUUAAAAAUAGACUAAUGGAACAAACUAAUUCACUUAACGUGUUGCUUUUCAAGACAAACUUUGUUCACUUGUAGUUAAAAUCCAAUGGCAAAUAUUGGAUAGUUUUGCCCAAAAUAAGAAACUGGAGAUUGUUUAGUUUGCAAAGUGUAGAGAGCUGUGAGUCAACGAGCAGUUUUCUCUUUUGGUUUUGUUGGGUAGUAGCAAGAAUUAUUGUAAAUAAUAUGUAGAUUAACUGUCCAGUAUGCUUAAGAAUAUGGGUGAAUUGACUGGGAAUUUCAGUUAAUCUGGAAACCUAGCAGCCAUUCUCCUUCUAUUAUGAUGCCCUUUAGUAAUUUUUAAGAAUGAGGUAUUUUGAAUGGUGACUUUUUAAUACACUUGACGCUGCAAGAGCCUGUUUUUGUGGCCUCUCUCUGGUUUUAGAGGUGCUCAUGGCUAAACCUGCAAAUCUGGUUGGUGUAAAUAGUCUUUAAAAAUUUGUGCCCAGAUUGAACUAGGACAAAACUGCAGCUAAAUAAAAUGUGGAGUGCUGGGCCCUCCAUUUUGUCCUUUUAAAAAUGUAGUGAUUGUCUUUCAGCUACUGUAAAACGAACCAUUAAGCUCUUUGUAAGAUUUCUAUUUAAAUACACUUUCUCCAUGUUUUGUAUUCCUGGGUUUACAGUAGUUAAUCUCCAUCCAGCAUAUGACACUCCUGCAACUGAGGGACUAAAUUUGGCCCUUGGAUGCUGAUGUUUGCAUCCCACUGGAUUCGGUAGAAGAGUUCUGCCUGUCAACCUAAGGAUGACAUUUGGUCAUUUAAAUGUUCAGCAUGGAUAUGUGGUGCAUCCGUAAUGAUGGUGAUGGUUCAUACUAGAAGCAAGAAAACAGACCCCUGUAUCUGUGUAGAAUAUGGCCAACUUUGCACUUUAGAAAUUUCUGAUCCUGCAAUUUUGGUACAAUACAGUAUCGUAAAUAUUCCUUCCUGUCAUUUUGAUUUUGUUGCACAGAUUUCAGUACUGUGCUAUUGGUAAGAUUUUUAUGGGAAAUGUUACUAAACUGUAUUUUUAGUUAUCUGUUUAUUAAACUUAUGAAGCGUA